GAGCUCUGCAGUGGGAGACAGGUAAUGAACCAAAGAGAUCAUGUCUGAAGUACAAGGAACGGUUGAGUUUUCUGUAGAGCUACAUAAAUUUUAUAAUGUGGAUCUCUUUCAGAGAGGGUAUUAUCAGAUCCGAGUGACCUUGAAGGUGUCCUCAAGGAUCCCCCACAGACUGAGUGCCUCCGUCCUUGGGCAGACAGACAGCGGCAGCCUGCGCUCCGCCUGUGUCCACGAGAGCACCGUGCACAGCCGAGUCUUUCAGAUCUUAUACAGGAACGAAGAGGUGCCCGUCGGCGAUGCCGUGAUCUUCCGAGCUCAUUUGCUCUUAGAUGGUGAAAGGGUGGAAGAGGCACUAAGUGAAGUCGAUUUCCAACUCAAGGUGGAUUUGCACUUUACAGACAGUGAACAACAGCUGCGGGACAUGGCCGGGGUCCCCGUGAUCAGCAGCCGUGCGCUGGGCCUGCACUUCCACCCCCGGAGAGGCCUGCAUCACCAGGUCCCCGUCAUGUUCGACUAUUUCCACCUGUCGGUGAUCUCGGUGACCAUCCACGCUGCCCUGGUGGCCCUGCAACAGCCCCUGAUCAGUUUUACUCGUCCAGGAAGAGGCUCCUGGCUUGGGAAAGGCGGCCCAGACACGGGACCAGAACAGUCUAGCCUUUCCCUGGAAAACCUGGUCUUUGGAGCUGGAUACUGCAAGCCGACUUCCUCAGAGGGGAGCUUCUACGUGCCCUCUGAGAACUGCAUGCAGCAUGCUUACAAGUGGCACCGGGAGCUGUGCUUCCUGCUCUUACACGCCUACUGGGGACUCCGUGCCUACUUCCUGACCAUCAUGAGGGACAUCCCCGAGCUGCCACGCAUGGAGCUGGAGUCACUUGCUGUUGAAGAAACACUCUCUCAGCUGUGCUCAGAGCUACAGAUGUUGAAUAAUCCAGAGAAGAUAGCUGAGCAGAUAAGUAAGGAUCUUGCCCAGCUGGCCUCCCACCUGAUGGCUCUGUGGACCCAGUUCCUGGACACGGUGACAUUACACUCCCAAGUGACCGCUUAUCUCACCCAGGAGCAUCACACCUUGCGGGUCCGAAGGUUUUCCGAGGCCUUCUUUUAUAUGGAGCACCAAAAACUUGCAGUGCUGACCUUUCAGGAAAAUCUGAUCCAGACCCACAGCCAGCUGUCUCUGGAUGUCCGGAAUUCAGAGUACCUCACCGCCAUGCCCCCGCUGCCCGCAGAGUGUCUGGACAUUGACGGUGACUGCAGCACUCUGCCCGUUAUCUUCGAGGACAGAUAUGUGGACCGCCCGGCCACAGGGCAUAAUUUGAGUGUGUACCCUAGUUUUGAUGUUCCAGCAACAAGUCCUGCAGUACUGAAUCUAAACGACAGAGAGGAGAACCAUAUUGUAAAUAGAAAAUCAUCUUUGAGGGAAGACCUUGUCUUGCCCACCAUGAAACCACCCCAAAUGGACUCUAAUGAAGAGGUUAUUAGGUGUCCAGGGCCAAAUGAGAAUGUCACCACAGCAAGUCAUACGGACGUGUGCUCGGAAUCUCAGGUGUAUCUGACAAUUGGUGAAUUCCAGAACAAAACAGGUUUGCCUGAAGAUGAACGUCAGAUUGGCCAAAGGUCUGAUGUUGGAACGCACCCGCCGACAGAUGAGGACCUGCCCAGGAGGAGUCCUGGUCCAGAGGAUGGCCAGGCCCCAGCACUGACCUACAUUGAUGUGAAUUCUAGCAAUAAGAACCCCUGCAGAGCUGAACCCACGGCAGUCACCAGUACCCAGCACGAAAGUGGGUGCUCUCAAGAUAACUAUGAAUUAGACAGAACUGAGCUAAGCGAAGGGGUAGCAGGUGGAAGUCAUCCCAAUGCCAUCUCUUCAGAGAAAACCACACCCCAUGAGUUAAGUACUCUUGGAAAGGGAGCAGACCAGGGGAGCAAGAUGGUGCUGCUGAGUCAGAAGCUCGUCCCCUCGGAGCCCUGUGAUCCACUAAACUCUUCUUCGAGGGAUCCCUUGGAUGUCAAGGCUUCCCCAAAGGACCCUCACACAGAGGAGCAGGAGGAAGUGUCCGUACUCUCUGGGGUCAUCAAGAGAUCCUCUUCCAUCAUCUCUGAUUCGGGCAUCGAGAGUGAGCCAAGCUCCGUCGCCUGGUCCGAGGCUCGAAGUAGAGCCCCGGAGUUACCGAGUGACCGGGAUGUCUUGCACCAGCUGGUUCGAAGACAUGCCCUACACAGGAACUCCUUAGAGGGUGGACACACAGAGAGCAAUACGAGUUUGCCAAGUGGGAUCCAGGCCUCUCUCACCUCCAUUAGCUCUUUGCCUUUUGAGGAGGAGGAGCGGGAAAUGGCCCUCACCAAACUGACCAAGUCUGUCUCUGCGCCCCAAAUCAGUAGCCCCGAGGAGUCUGCUGAAGAUGCGGGCUCCCUGCAGCAAGGCAGAGGUCUUCCUGAGACUUCAGCCGUGCACAUCAGGGGCACGGAUCGCUCCAGACAGCGCCUUCAACUUCGUAAUGCUGGGGUUCACCAUUCCCUUGUGGAGGUAGUUGCAGAUGCUGACAGCCAGCAGGGCCCUGAUUACAUAGAUAUCCCCAAAGGUAAAGAGAAUCAGCUUGAUCCUCAAGGACCCUGUUGUCUUGAUGGCAGGACCGAUAACCCUCCAGGGGUUGAAACCAAAGGUCUGACUUUAAAAAUACCACGCAUCCCAGCCCUUGAAACCCCUAGGUACAGAGCUUUUCCUACAGAACUCAUGGAGACCCCAAAGCGCAUGCCUGAAGACUCUAAUGCGGGGAAAAGAGCUCUUUCCAACAGCAGCAUCUUGGACGUUGAGCAUUUCACCCACCAUGAGGUGCCUGAAGUGAGUUGUACAUCAGCUGCCCAAACCAUCAACCGGGAUUCAACAGAUGAGCGAAGCAGCUCACCUGGCAUCAUUGAUGAUACAGCGCUUAGUAGAGGACCUAACACCUUCCCAGAGGAUGGGCGUGAAGCAGGCACUGUGUGCUCCACUGUGACUCACGCCAUUCACUCCCAAGCUACAGGAAACCAAGAGCCAAGGGCAGGCCCCUCCAUCAUGCUGUCCCACGUGACCUCUGCAGAGACCUUCUCUCUGGACAGCCUGAAAGCUGUCGAGGUCGUCAACUUAUCCGUGUCUUGCACUGCCACCUGUCUCCCUUUCUCGUCUGUGCCCAAGGAGACCCCUGCCAGGGCUGGAUUCUCUUCCAAACAGACCCCAUUUCCCAUCACUCAUCAACCUUUGGGUUCCUUUGGAGGUGUUCCGAACCAUUCCAGCAAGUUGGAGGAGGAAGUCAGUGAAAGGAUGUUCAGUUUUUAUCAGGCCAAAGAAAAAUUUAAAAAAGAGCUGAAGAUUGAUGGAUUUCUGUACAGUGACUUAUCUGUACUAGCUUCUGACAUACCGUAUUUCCCACCAGAGGAAGAGGAAGAAAAUUUGGAAGACGGGAUUCACCUGGUAGUCUGUGUCCAUGGCCUGGAUGGGAACAGUGCGGACCUCCGUCUGGUAAAGACUUUCAUAGAACUGGGGCUCCCUGGAGGAAAACUGGACUUCCUAAUGUCUGAAAAGAAUCAGAUGGACACGUUUGCAGAUUUUGAUACCAUGACCGAUCGGUUACUGGAUGAAAUCAUUCAGCACAUCCAGCUGUACAACCUCUCCAUAUCGCGAAUUAGCUUCAUCGGCCAUUCUCUGGGCAACAUCAUCAUCCGAUCAGUCCUAACGCGGCCCCGGUUCCGGUAUUACCUCAACAAACUCCACACCUUCCUGUCGCUCUCCGGGCCGCACCUGGGGACCCUGUACAACAACAGCACCCUGGUCAGUACAGGCUUGUGGCUCAUGCAGAAAUUGAAGAAAUCCGGGUCCCUUUUGCAGCUGACCUUCAGGGAUAAUGCUGAUCUGCGCAAAUGUUUCCUUUACCAGCUAAGCCAAAAAACAGGUCUGCAGUAUUUUAAAAAUGUUGUGCUGGUUGCUUCUCCCCAAGACCGCUACGUGCCGUUUCACUCAGCCAGGAUCGAGAUGUGUAAAACUGCCCUCAAAGACAGACACACAGGACCCGUUUUGGCGGAGAUGAUCAACAACCUUCUCCGCCCUCUGGUGGACGCCAAGGACUGCACUUUGAUUCGACACAACGUGUUCCAUGCCUUGCCCAGCACUGCCAACACCCUGAUUGGCCGAGCAGCUCACAUCGCUGUGCUGGAUUCCGAGCUCUUCCUGGAGAAGUUCUUCUUGGUGGCAGGACUCAACUACUUCAAGUAGCGGCUUUGAGGGAGCGGCCUUGGGGAGCUCGCCAGAAACGUUGAAGAUCCGUAAGAGCUCUGGCUGAGACAUCCUUUUACAGACCUCUGUCAUUCCAGGCUGGAGCUCAGAGAGGAAGGCGCUGAGGGAUGGAGGGUGGGGUAGGACCAGACAUUCGAGGUGCUUCC